AUUGGAUACUUUGUGAUGGUCAUUGGAGUAGGCAUCUGGUCAAUGUCCCGGACCAAUCGAGGUACAGUGGGUGGGUACUUUCUGGCUGGUCGUACCAUGACAUGGUGGCCGGUUGGUGCGUCCCUGUUUGCUAGUAACAUUGGAAGUGGUCACUUUGUGGGUCUGGCUGGCACUGGGGCAGCCAGUGGCAUUGCUGUGGGCGGGUUCGAGUGGAAUGCUCUGUUCAUCGUGCUGCUCCUGGGCUGGCUGUUUGUCCCCGUCUACCUUACUGCAGGGGUGAUCACAAUGCCCCAAUACCUGAAGAAGAGGUUUGGAGGGACCAGGAUCAGCCUUUACCUCUCUAUCAUCUCUCUGUUCCUCUACAUCUUCACCAAGAUCUCUGUGGAUAUGUUCUCCGGGGCGGUGUUCAUCCAGCAGGCUUUGGGAUGGAACAUCUAUGUGGCCGUCAUCGCUCUCCUCUCCAUCACAGCUCUCUAUACUGUCACAGGAGGCCUGGCUGCUCUGAUGUACACAGACACAGUCCAAACCUUUGUCAUCAUUGCUGGAGCCUUCGUCCUAACUGGCUUUGCCUUCUUUGAGGUGGGGGGCUACAGUGAGCUGGUAGAGAGGUACCACUUGGCCUUCCCCUCUGCCACCCAGUCCCUGGACCCCCAGCGCUACAACAUCUCCCCCGAGUGCUACACCCCCCGGACAGACGCAUUCAGCCUGCUGAGGGACCCGUUCUCUGGAGACCUGCCCUGGCCUGGGGUGCUGUUCGGCAUUGCCAUUGUAGGGGGGUGGUACUGGUGCACUGACCAGGUUAUUGUUCAGCGCUGCCUAGCAGCCCGCAGUCUGACCCAUGUGAAGGCCGGCUGUAUCCUGUGUGGCUACCUCAAACUGCUGCCCAUGUUCCUCAUGGUGUUCCCUGGCAUGAUCAGCAGAGUGCUCUACCCAGACGAGGUUGGGUGUGUGGUGCCGGAGGUGUGUAAGCAGGUGUGUGGCACGGAGGUGGGCUGCUCCAACAUCGCCUACCCCAAACUGGUGGUCUCUGUCAUGCCUGAUGGUUUGCGAGGUCUGAUGUUGGCGGUGAUGCUGGCGGCGUUGAUGUCAUCGCUGGCGUCCAUCUUUAACAGCAGCAGCACUCUGUUCACCAUGGACAUCUGGACACGCAUCCGGCCACAGGCGCGCGAGAGCGAGCUCAUGGUCAUCGGCAGAGUGUGGGUUCUGUGUAUCGUCUCCAUCAGUAUCUGCUGGAUCCCAGUGGUACAGGCCGCUCAGAGUGGUCAGCUGUUCGACUACAUCCAAUCAGUGACCAGCUACCUGGCCCCGCCCAUUGCCUCAGUCUUCUUCCUGGCUGUGUUUGUCAAGAGGGUCAACGAGCCUGGGGCCUUCUGGGGCCUGAUUGGGGGCCUGGCCAUGGGCCUGGGUCGCAUGGUACCAGAGUUCUGGUUUGGAACCGGCAGCUGUCUGUUUCCGUCACACUGCCCCCCGCUGGUGUGUGGGGUGCACUACCUUUACUUCGCCAUGCUGCUGUUCCUGUGCACCUCAGCUCUGGUUCUGCUGGUUAGCUAUUGCACCACACCCAUAGAGGAUGUACAUCUACAUCGUCUGGUGUUCAGCCUCCGUCACUCCCAGGAGGAGAGAGAGGACCUGGACUGGAAGGAGGAGGAGGCAGGGAGGAUAGCACGUCGGCAAGCUGAGGAGAAGAGCAGGAGCAAGGCUGACAACAGCUCAGUGAACGAAGAACCCAAGUCGGUUAUCUGUCGGCUGGUUGGCUGGUUCUGUGGCGUCAGCGCCAAUCAGACCCCAGAGCUUACGGAGCAGGAAGUGACUGAGGCGUCCAAGCAGCUGCCUGACAUCAGCGAGGCCCCCGUGUGGAAGUACGUGGUGAAUGCCAACGCACUGGUCAUGAUGGCCGUGGCCGUCUUCCUGUGGGGAUUUUACGCCUGA